AUGUCCUCCACACAGGAAGGUACCACUUUGAUUCUUGCCACUGUAGCCGCGUGUCUUUUAAUUUAUGUCAUGAGGCAAGAGUUCCGGGGACCGCAUCGAUAUCCGCGAGUAGCCGGAGUCGUGGGUGCCAUCAAGGGCGCGCUUGGCUCUCGUGGUGCAACCGACUGUUCCAAGAUAAACCCUUCGCACGCAGACUGGGCUCGGUGCGCACAAGGUUCGGCGAUGGGACGAGUGCCAACCAAAAACCCCGCCGCCGUGGUGACAAACACAAGCCUCGACUUCGCCAGCGACUCUCUCAAAAACCAGGGUCUGGGAACAGGCCGGCUACAGGACGACUUUGUGCACGACCAGUACAGCAGCAACCUGGGCGUUUCUCGACCCGGCGGCAUGAGGAUCGACAAAUCUAGCCUGAAGAACAAUGCUUUCUUUUCAAGUGGGACGCAGAACGCUUCGAAACUGGUUGUUGAAACGGGAAUCAGCAGCGAGGGUGCUGCUGCGUUCCCGUUCUCGAGAAAGAGUGGUGACAAACGCGAAGAGUACGCGAAGACCAGUACAUCCGGCAAUGUUCCGGGCACCGAGCCUGUUGGAAUGGGGAUGAAGCUUGCCCACUUGAAACAAAAGGCGGUGUCGUCUGUCGCGACUGGUGGGGGAGGCAGAAGUGCAUCACGCGCACAGGUGAACAAGAAGCUUGGCGUGGCUCCUUUCGAUAAACAGGGUGCCGAGUUCAAUCCUUUUUCGGGAAACAAGGCGAGCCUUGGUGCCGGGCUCAAGAUCAGCGAGGCCUUCGACGCGAAGAACUUGGGGAUGGGGUCUGGCCUCGAAGAGGCUUAUGGUAGUCUCGGUGCAGCCGUGUCUCCGUUCUCCUCUUCGGACGUUGGCGUAUCUCCUGAUGAAAUAGCAGCCGCCACUUCCACGCUCAAAGAAGUGAACAUCGUGCAAAGUACUGGUGGUGAAAACAUCGACCGAUUUAUUCGCCCAUAG